AUGAACCAUAAUAAUAUGAAACAUCAUUUACUUGCUACUACUGCUACUAUUGUUACCUCUACUACUAAAAAACCAGACUCAAUGCACAGUAUGCCACCUGAUGGUAGCCACAAUACUCAUGGUGAUAUGGGCAAAUGUUCAAUGUCCAUGACGUUUACAUGGAACUAUACAAAUACUUGUGUUAUAUUUAAAUGGUGGCGUAUUAAAAAUUUUUUUGAAUUAAUAUUGAGUUGUUUGCUUAUUAUUAUAAUAGCUCAGUUUUAUGAAUAUUUGAAAUAUAAGGUUACUAGAUAUAGAAAAAGUUUCUUGACGAUUAAACUCAACAGUACACCAGAAAAUAGUAAGCAGUACCAGAAAUUCAAAAUUAGAGAAAGUUUGUAUUAUUCUGUACAAGUUGGGUAUUCUUUUAUGUUAAUGCUUGUUUUUAUGACUUAUAAUGGCUGGUUGAUGUUGAGUGUUGUUAUUGGUGCAUUUUUAGGACAUUAUCAUUGGAAUUGCCCCGGGUCAAAUGGCUUACCCAACACCAACCCUAAUGCUUGUGCCCAAGAGGAAGAUUUAGAAGGUAUGGCCUGCCAUUAG